AAGAAGUGCUAAAAGCAUAUUUGAUGUCGUUAAAAUAUUAUAAUUUGAACUCUAUUCAACAACAAAAUGUUAAUGCUCAAGCACCUAUUAUGAUUUCAUUGUUACAAAAGUUUUUUUCCAUUAUAAUUGCAUUAUUACGUGCAGCAUCAAUCGACACCGUGUGCCAAGACAAAUUACUUUAUGACCAAGAAACGAUGAAAAAAUGCGAGACAAUCACGUUAAUCGUAAUGGAUUUUAUUCCAAUUAUCGAAUCUAAAAUAAGUUUGCAAACAUUUCAUAAAUUUAUAUCAUUUAUAUGGGACAUAAUGGCUAUUUUAUGUGAUAAAGGAAUUCAAGACCAAUUUUCGAACGAAUUGGAUAAUGGUUUUGGCAUGUUUAUAUCAAAGUUAUCAAUUGAAAAAUAUGAAGAAUUUUCAAGUAUUAUUAUUAAUAGAUUAGAAGAAUUUCCUUUCUCCAUGCAAAAAAGUAGUACAGAUAAAAAUUUGAAGUUUCUCAUACAUUUAGUUGAUAUAUUUCUCCGUAGCUCCACACAUGAGCAGCUAUGUUGCUUACAAAGAAAACUUCCCAAUAUAUUAGUUAGAUUAUGCAAUUUAGGAGAGAUUAUUGACCAACCACAAAAUGCAAUAUACAUUUUAAACAUUUUGUCAUUCUUAGUUUCUCGCAGGGUGUUUUCGUUUCGGUCAAUUGAUAUUGGUUUAAUACUGUCAACUGUAAUUUCAUUAACAUCUUCAAAGACAAACUUUGAAUCAGACGAAAAAGGUUAUCAAAAUCUCUUUGAAGAAAGUAUAAAACAAAAAAGUGAAUCACAGAGUCGUCGAUAUGUAACAAUAUGGGACAUACGUUUAAAGAAUCCAUUACCAAUAUCAAGUGCAAAUUCAUUUACAAGAUUAUUGACAAUGAUAUCACAAAAAGAUUCAUUAAACAAAUCUCAUAAGAAAAAAGCAAUUUCAACGCGACCGUUUAUUAAACACGUGCCAUGUUUGAUAGUAGAGUAUUUAAAAGUACAAACAGAAGGAUUUUUAGAACUAGCAAUUAAAGAGAGUUUAAGACCAGGUGUUUAUGCCCUUUUGGAUUUGUGUGAUAAACAUGAAAGAGAUAUGAUUAUGGUUACUUUAGAUUAUGCUGGGAAAAGUUUGUUUAAAACUUUGUGGACUGAAUAUAAUAAAGAUUGGAAAUAU